AUGAGCUCCAGACACCCAGGAUGCGGCCAUGGCACCGCAGGCCUACCUUCCGGCACUGUGGAGGACGUUGCCGCAUCAAAAGCAUUUCUGUGUCUGAAACCGGCCGUGAGAACCAAGCAGUGGGCAGCAGAAGGCAGCUGUGGGAAGAACAGAAGGCCUGAGGCACGCAGCGGGUCGCGGCCGCGAACGCCGAGCGUCCGCUCGCUCGGGCCUCGCCAGGCCCUUCGGGUUUACCCACUAGAGCAAGGGGCUCAGGUGCGCAAACUCGGCAGCGAGGAGCUGGGGUUCGCGGGCGAGGAGGGAGGGAGCGCCCCCCUUCCCCUGGCGCCCCCUAUGGGGACCCUCGAGUGUGUUCCGGGGGUCUCCCUAGUCCGCUGGGGCCCCUCCGGGCAGGGCCGGCGCAGCGCUAGGCUCCCGGAGAAGCUCCGUCCAGUCCACCCCUGGCGCCGCCGCCUCGGAGCCCCUGCCCGGGACCCCCAGGCCUGA